UGUGCGCAGGCGCAGCGCGCGCCCGCGGGGUCCUCGCGCGCCGUGAGGGAGAGGGGGCCGCCAUGUUGGCACCGGGGGCGCUGGGGACGGCGGGACGGGCCCUGAGCCGGGCCCUGAGCCUGAGCCACGGGCUGGGAACCGUGGUUGUGGAGCGCUGGUGGCAGGUGCCCCUGGCCAAGGAGGGGAGGAGGCCUCGGUUGUACCGGAGGCACCGGAUCUAUCGCCUGCUCCAGGACUCCAAACACCAACCCCGGGGCAACAUGGAGCUCCUGCUCACCCAGCCCGUCGAGGGUGAGCACUUUUCCCGGGAAUUCCGU